AUGAGUUGUAAAAUUAAAAAAGGAUUAUCAUACGUGUUGGGAGAUUCCAACGAUAACGAGAAUCAUAUUUUGCCUAUUAAUGCCAUUCAAUAUUCUGCAGUAACAAAUAAUUUUUACACGGGUGGAAGAGACGGUACGGUGAAAACAUGGUGUUGUAAGAAUGGCUGGGAGCAUUCGCGACAGGGUACACCAAGUCAAUUCAAUUUCAAUGAAACCUUUGAAGGUUUGGAUAAUAGAGAUCUAGACAUUGAUCAAGAUAUAGAUGAACGGGUUUUGAAGCUAGAAACUGCUAUUUCGUCAAAUCCGCUACCAUAUUGUACUACACAAUAUGAUGAUUAUAAUAUUACCAAUAACUAUAAUAUCCACUUUGACUGGAUUAAUGAUUUGAAACUAGUGAAUAAUGAUAGAGACUUAGUUUCAUGCUCGUCUGAUUUGUCAUUAAAAUUAAUCAAUUUGCAUAAUUCUGACUCUUCAGAGAAGGCACAUGUCCAUAAAUUUUCUAAUGUUCAUACGGAUUACAUCAAGAAAUUAUCAUAUGUUGUACCAGAGAACACAAUAGUUAGUGGUGGGCUAGACGGCAAAGUUGUUCUUUGGGAUUUAGGAACGUUAAACCCAAUUCAAGAAAUUCAGACUCAUAGUCUGAACACCGCAUUGCCUAAUUCAAUUUAUUCCUUAGCAAACAAUAAUUCAAAUUUGAUCAGUACUGGUGGACCAAGUAAUACUAUCAAUUUAUAUGAUAAGAGAUUACCAAAUAAUUCGAACAACAUUAAAAAGUUAAUCGGUCAUCAAGAUAACAUAAGAUGUCUCUUAAUGAAUGACAAUUUUAUUUUGAGUGGUUCUUCUGACACUACUAUCAAAUUAUGGGAUUUGAGGAACUUUAAAGUUUACAAGAAUUUUGAUAUUCAUGACGAUGCGAUUUGGAGUUUGAGUACUUCAAUCUCUUCAUCACCAGGAAUAGUAAAUCAAUGUGAUGACUACUAUAACACUGAUUUCAAGGUAUUUUAUUCUGGUGAUAAAGGUGGUAAAAUUGUAAAGACCGAUUUAUCAUAUUUGUCGACCAAUCUCAAGAAAGAGAACCUGGGGUUUGACACAUUCACCGGUUCAGAUGACUUGAUGGAUGAAAAACUAGGAGUAUCGACCAUUAUUGCAAAGACAAAUUCGCCCAUAAUUUCAUUGUGUUGUGAAACAGACGUUCAACCAAACUCCAUUCUUUCUUCAACCACACUUUUAGCAUCCACUGAGCUGUCAUUAAAUAGAUAUGUUAUUCCGGAUACUGAUCAAUUAUCCAAAUAUCAGUAUUCUAGAAAUUGCUUAGACUAUAUUUUGAAUCAUGACAAUCAGGUAAAUGAUGAACUAACUUCAGGAUUGGGUGAAGUUGCUGGCGAACCAAAUGAUCUAAAUUCUGACUUUUAUGAUAUUGUAAGUCAUUUGUCUAUCGACACAAAUAAUUUCGACAUUCAAUCUUCAUUUUCGGGUAAUAAUUAUCCCUUAUCAAUACAUAAUGUCGAGAAUACUAAUGAAGUAGUCGAUAUUAAUGACUAUCAUUCCAUGUUCCUCAAUACUGAUGGUGGACCGUCAAUGGAGUACGUUAAUACAUAUAAGGAAGGUUUGUCAAGUAAGGAUGCCAUGGCUAAUGAGACUACCAUUGAUAAUACCCCUGUUGAAAUACUAUUAAAUCCAAUUCCAUCUGAACAAGUAACCCAAGUUCCAUUUAAUAAGGAACCAUAUAAUAAAUUUCCGUUAACUCGAAAAAGUAUCAUUGCGAAAAGGCUAUUCAAUAAUAGAAGACACAUACUUGUAUUAUAUUUGAACGGAGAUUUGAAAAUUUGGGAUAUAUUUGCCUGUGCAGAGAUCAAGACAUUUCCUUAUGAAUCUUCAACAUCUACUGAAUUAACAAAAGAUUUAAUAGAAAAUAGACUGAAAGAAAUGGAGAAUAUUUUUCGUAAAUACCAAACCGAGGAUACUUUAAAUACGUGGUGUGAGGUGGAUAUCAAAUCUGGAAAGCUUUUGGUUACCUUAAAGGAAUCUAUGUUUAACAAUGUAGAAAUCUACUAUGACGAGUUAUGCAAGGCUUAUCCUUAUUUAUCUUACAAACAUCCCGACAGUAUCGAAGCUUUAAAAAAUAACGAAGUUAAACCCUCUAUUGAUGAUAGAUUGCCCCUUGCAAAGAUCUUGAUAAACUCAUUGUUUCAUCAAUAUGCCAUCUAUGAAUGGGGGUUUGACAAUCUAUUGCGGGAAGAAUUAAAGGCAUACAAAAGAGAUAAUCGGAAAAUCCCUCUUUCAUCGUCGUAUGAAAGGUUCACAAAUGAUCGCUCAGUUGCUAUAACUAGCAACUCAUCAGCUUCAAACGCAAGUUCUAUGGAUGGAUCGAGUUUAAAUAAUACAGCCAAAAGAAUAAAAAUGUUCACUAAGAAGCCAUCUAAGAAUAAUAUUUAUCAAGACGACCGUCAAACGCUCGCGUCUAUUAGCUCUGCUGCUAGCAGCGUAACCGAAUAUCCUAUUAGCAUAAAUGAUUCAACUCUCAUGUCAAAUUUUAUUAACAGUGAUGGCCUUGUAUCGAUAUCACAAGAUUCAUCGAAUGAAGAUUCAAUAAUGAGCAUGUUACAAUAUAACAAAAAAAGAUACUGGGAAAAGUAUGCUUCGUUUGGUAUCAACAGAACAGUCGACUCUAUACUCAGAAUAUAUUCAAACGAUCCUAAGUAUAGCAUGCCAGAAGACAACAAUGAGUAUAAACCACUUUUUUACCCUCAUAGACUUCCUUCGAAUUUGCUAAUCAUAAUAUUUGAACACUCACCUGAAUUGGGUAACAUGAGGGACUUGUGUAGCUUUCAUCUAGAGGACCUCACCAGGCUUCAGGACAAUUCAAGCACUAAUGAGCCUUUGGUUAACGACUUGAGGAACCACUUGCCCGUGUGGAUAGGCAAACCUGUUUUAUACAGCAAGUUCCCUGUCAAGGAGAAUCCUAAGAUUGAAUUCAAGCUACAAGAAGUUGACUACACCUUAUUACCACCUAGUACGACAAUUGGAGGAAAAUCACAGAAAAAAAUUAAACGCUUACCAAUGAGCGACAGCAUAAUUAAAUUGACAUCGCACAAUAUGUUACGAGUUCUGAAGAUCUUAACCUAUAUCGCCGAACGCUUUGACGGUCGUACCCCAGAAAUGAAAGAUCUAAAGAAUCCAUCGGAGUGGUUGGUUCUUGAAUGCAAGGGUCAAGAAUUGCCUUACAAUUUUACUCUACAAACAAUUAAAACAAAAAUUUGGAAAAGCAGUUCCGAAAUAGAAUUGAGAUUUAGAAGAAAGUAUGAUUAG